AGAGGGCGAGGAUGAAGAUCAUCGAGAAGAUCCGUGCCAAGGAAGAGGCCAAUGAGAAGUACUUCUCACUUGAGUUCUUCCCUCCCCGCACUGAUGCUGGUUGUGCCAACCUACUCGCACGGCUGCAGCGGAUGUCGCAGCUUGGCCCGCUGUUCUUGGACAUCACAUGGGGCGCAGGUGGCAAGACUGCGCAGCGGACGCAGGUCAUCGCCCAGGGCGCCCAGUCGUACGUAGGCGUGGAGACGAUGAUGCAUCUGACAUGCACCAACCAGUCGGUUGAGUCGGUCAAGGAGGCGCUGAAGGAGGCGCGCAAGGCCGGGAUCCAGAACAUUCUCGCGCUGCGCGGAGACCCGGCUGACGGGAGCGAGGAGUGGACGGCGGCAGACACACAGCUGCGGUACGCAGCCGACCUGGUGCGGCUCAUCCGCGAGGAGCACGGCGACUACUUUGGCAUUGCCGUCGCCGGCUACCCGUCGGGCCACCCCGAGGCCGAGUCGUACGAGGCCGAUCUGGACAACCUCAAGGCCAAGGUCGACGCUGGUGCCGACUUUGUGGUGACGCAGCUCUUCUUUGACGCCGCCAUCUUUCUCAAGUUCCGCGACGACUGUGUCGCCCGCGGCAUCAACGUGCCCAUCGUUCCGGGCCUCUUGCCCAUCCAGUCGUACGCCUCGCUGCGGCACCUCUCCAAGAUGGCAUCCACGCCCAUCCCGGUCGAGAUCACCGAAGCCGUCGAGGCGGUGAAGAACGACGACCGCGCUGUCCGUGACUUUGGCGUGACCAAGGCAGUCGAAAUGAUCCAGGAGCUGUGGGCCGGCGGCGUGUCGGGCGUCCACUUUUACACCCUCAACCGUGAGGUCGCCACCUCGCAGAUUGUCGAGGCCCUCGAGCUUGUCUGCCCGCCGCCGCGCGAGCUGCCGUGGAAGUGCAUCAACACUGUGCCGAAGCGCGCCGUCGAGGACGUGCGGCCCAUCUUCUGGUCGAACCGGCCCGAAUCGUACCUGCUGCGGACGUCCGAGUGGGACGACUUUCCCAACGGGCGGUGGGGCGACUCCUCGUCGCCUGCCUUUGGCGAGAUCUCCGACUACCACCUCUUCCACCUCGAGCCUGCCUUCAAGGUCGACGAGCACCGCGCCAUGUGGGGCGAGGCGCCCAAGACCAUCGCCGACCUCGCUGCCGUCUUUGUCGCCUUUUGCGAGGGCCGCAUCCGUGCCCUGCCGUGGAUCUCGGACGCGCUCGCCGACGAGACCACCGUCAUUGCUGACGACCUCAUUGCCCUCAACCGCGCCGGCGUCUUUACCAUCAACUCGCAGCCGGCUGUUAACGGCCUCUCGUCCGACGACCCCGUCCACGGCUGGGGCGGCUCGGGCGGAUAUGUCUACCAGAAGGCCUACAUUGAGGCAUUUGUCUCGCCCACCGUCCUCGCCGCCCUCGAGGCCCUCAUGCCCAAGUACCCGACGCUCCAGUACCAUGCCCUCAACGCCGCCUCGGACGACCUGCACACCAACGUCAAGACCCAGGGCGCCGUCGCCGUCACAUGGGGCGUCUUCCCGGCCAAGGAGAUCAUCCAGCCGACCGUCGUCGACGUCGACGCCUUCUACCAGUGGAAGGAUGAGGCCUUUAAGCUCUGGCUCUCGCGCUGGAAGCGCCUCUACGCCGAUGGCUCGCCCUCGGCCGCUCUCAUCCAGUCGGUCCACGACAACUACUACCUCAUCAACAUUGUCGACAACGACUACGUCAACGGCGACAUCUUUGCCGUCUUCCGCGAGCUUCUCACUCCAGACGCGCUCGCUGCUGCACCGUCCAGCUAAGCUGCAUCUGAUCGUGUAAACACAGCCGCUCUUGCCA